AAUUUCCACCUGCAGGUUGGCCUUUUCAUUGGUCGAAACCACAGUCAGAUUCUCCUGCGGAGUUAUCUGAUUGUAAAUCAGGGAGGGGAGAAAAAGAAAGAGCAACAAGUGGGGAUGCUUUUACACUGGUUGAGUUUUUAUGGAGCUUAAAAAGAAGGAUUUGGACGCGUUUAUUUCCUCCUCCUUUGAGCUGAUUCACCUUUAAAAUCAUCCUAUAAGGACGUCUUUUUUUCGUUUUUUUUGUUUUUGUUUUUUUAGAUUUCGACCGGAACCUGUAAAGUUAACGGAUCAACAUGCCCCGUUCAUUUUUGGUGAAAAACAAAAGGUGCUCGUCAUACAAUGUACACAGAUCGUAUGAAGACGAGUCCAAGGCCUCCAUAUGUUCAGACGUUCCAGUCAAGCCUCAGACCACAGACCAGCCUCCAUCAGACAGUAAACCAUCUGAUCUGGACCGAUGCUCCUUUGAAAACCCAGAGAUGGGUCCUGAAUGUCCUCUACCCGUCCACCCAGAGCCGACCAGGCCUCCUGCAGCUCCAUACUAUCUCUCUGAGCCUCACUUGGCAGAAUUCCCUCCCUUCUACAAGCCGUCGUACACCUGGGAUUCAGUAUCUUCGUCCUUUGAGCUUAGGCAGAUGAGUUUCAGCCCCACGGUGUUGCAACACGCCAGCAGUCUGUACGGCGGUCACAUCAGCCGCAGCCCCCCAGCCCAGCAGCCCCUGGACUGCAGCACCCACUACUCCCCCUCCUCUAAUACCUACCACUGCAUCACCUGUGACAAGGUUUUCUCAACGCCCCAUGGACUGGAGGUCCACGUCAGGAGGUCACACAGCGGCACACGACCGUUUGGCUGCAGCAUCUGCAGAAAAACCUUCGGCCAUGCAGUCAGUUUGGAGCAGCACAUGAACGUCCACUCACAGGAGAGGAGCUUCGAGUGUAAGAUGUGCGGGAAGUCGUUCAAGCGCUCCUCCACCCUGUCCACACACCUGCUCAUCCACUCAGACACCAGGCCUUAUCCCUGCCAGUACUGUGGCAAAAGAUUCCACCAGAAAUCUGAUAUGAAGAAACACACAUACAUCCACACGGGUGAGAAGCCGCAUAAAUGCCAAGUGUGCGGUAAAGCGUUCAGCCAGAGCUCCAACCUGAUCACCCACAGUAGGAAGCACACAGGCUUCAAACCGUUCGGAUGUGACGUCUGCUCCAAAGGCUUCCAGCGCAAAGUCGACCUCCGCAGACACCACGAGAGCCAGCACGGCAUGAAGUGACCAAGAAACAUACCAAGAAUGAAGAGUCAGAGCACGACCAAGUGUUUGUACAGUUAAAAUGAACCUCUGUUUUAAGAAACCAGAGGAGAUGAUGUAAAGGUUCUGUUCAGGCUGAAGGUCAGAACCAGGUUUAACCCACUUACUGCAUCUUUAUCCCUCAUCCCCAUUUUGUAUCCAACAAAACAUUCACAUCAACAGAUGGUUUUGUUCAUUUUGUUGAUUAUUUUGUUCAUUUUGUUAAUUAUUUUGUUCAUUUUUGUUUAUUUUGUUACUAACAUGGUUAAGGUCUGUCCAUUUUCUCACUUUCUUGAUUCACUGUUGUUUGUUUUGUUAAUUAUUUUGUUGAUUUUGUUGUUUACUUUACUGACUUUGUUGAUUUGUUUGGACAAUUUUGUUGAUUUUGUUAAUUGCUUUGUUCAUUUUUGUUUGUUUUGUUAUGGUUAAUAUAUGUCCAUUCUCUUGAUUUCAUGGUUCAUUUUUGUUCCUUUUCUUGCUUGUUUGGUUAAUUUUAUUGUGUUUCUGUUCAUUUCUCUGUUCAUUUCAUUGUAUUUCUACUUAUUUUCUGUUCAGUUUCUUAAUUAUUUUGUUUAUUUUCUUGACUGUUCUGGGGUUUUGUUGAUUUUUUUUCUGUUUUAAUAAAUUAUUUCGCAGUGUAAGAUUCUGAAGGAAAAUGAGUGUUCGGUUGAGCUGGUUUUGAGUUUGUACAUAGUGACAGUGAAGUAUCUCAGACACACAACCAGUUAUGAAACAACGGAUCAGUGCAGAUGUAACAAAAGUGUUACCUGUGAUGACCAAAUAAAGUGGCUCAUAUAUAUACA